AUGAUCGUAAUAAGGAAAUGGGCACAAUUCGUGGCACUUGUUAUUUUUUACAAUUUUACAAUCUGUCAAGCGUGGAAUAGUGGUUUGAAAGAUAAGUACGACGGAUAUGGGGAAGAUUGGAUUUUCAUGCCCGAUGGAAACGGUCAGCCACAGGUAGCAGUAUUGAAACAUUCGGAAACAGAAACGCGAGGCAUUUUUGAUGAGUCGCAAGUCUCUUAUAUUCUGUACACCCGGUCUGGGCCCCAAAAUGGCACUCAAUUAUAUACGAAUGACACCGUGGGACUUUCCGGAUCCAGUUUCGAUCCAUCAAGAGAGACGAAGUUCAUAACGCAUGGAUGGAAAUCCAGCGCAAUGAGCGGUGGUCUUGUCAACAUGAAAGAAGGUACUUUAUUUCCAACAAAUCUUUGUAUAAAUAUUAUCCUCGGAAAACGGAUCUAUUUCAAAAUCUGCUCUAACUCUACAGCAUAUUUAAAUUUUGGUGACUACAACGUCGUUAUGGUCGACUGGCAACCGUUGGCUGCAAGCACGUUUUACCUUGGACCAAUGCGGAACACGGAAAGAGUAGGGAAAACGGCUGCUGAAUUUAUCGAUUUUUUGGUCGCGCAAACGGGUUUGAAAACUGAAAAUGUUCACUUCCUUGGACACUCUCUCGGAGCACACGUAGCUGGGAACGCAGGAAGUUCGGUGACAUCUGGUCGCCUAGGGAGGAUAACCGGCUUAGAUCCUGCUUUGCCAGGAUUUCAUUUGCUCACAACAGAUAAAACUCGACUGGAUUCUACGGACGCGAAGUUCGUCGAUGUUAUUCAUUCGUGCGGCGGGGUAUUAGGGUUUUUACAACCUGUGGGUAACGCAGAUUUUUAUCCGAAUGCGGGAACGGCUAUUCAACCUGGUUGCUGUUGUAUUCCGGAAGUAGUAGAGGGAUGCAGUCACGGAAGAUCGUAUGUGUACUUUACGGAGAGUAUCGCCUCCAAAGCGGGAUUUGUGGCAAGGAAAUGCAAUACUUGGGAUCAAUUUAUGGGUGGCAAUUGCAACCAUUCCGAUACUGCAUUUAUGGGAGAACACGUCGACAAAGCGGCUUCUGGAACAUAUUUUCUCAAGACAAGAUCAGAAUCACCGUACGCUUACCAAGAGGAGAUAACCGAUAAUACUGUUUAAAUAAAGUAAU